CCCAUCUGGACCAGCUUAUUUUCAGUCAGGGCCAAGCCCUCUCGUUUCCAUCUUUUCCUCCUCUCUGUUCCAGUGAAUUUCACUCGCACAAACCUGAAAUCGAACCUGAAAUCAAACCAAGAUCGAGCGGAAGCACGGCAGCAAGCAAUGGAGGCGCUGCUGGAGCUAGAGAAGGUGCAGAGGGUGCUCUCCCUCAUGGGCUCCGGCGGCCUCUCCGACUCCGACGGCAGCGGCGGCGGGGACCGCUUCCUCGCCCACUUCCUCCUCUUCCUGGCGCAACCGUUUGAUUCACUUGCCAUUGAGAAGAAGGUCGUAUUAAUCUUUGAGCUUUUGAGAGAGGUUAAUUCUGAUACACUCAAAGAAGUUCAACGUCUAGCCAGUCUGGAAGGUACUAAUAGGGAAGAUGAAAGAUUAUGUCCUUUAAUAUCGAGCCAGCCAACUAAGAAGUUCAAGACGGAUGCCGAGAAAUUAACCAUUCAGGAUGCGCCUAUGAUUGGAUUCGAUGCCAUGAUGAGAGCCAAUUCCACACUUGAAGAUUUUUGCAGGUCAUACUUCAUAUUUCAUGGUUUGGAUGUUAACAGACCACACUCUGUUUUCAAGUUUCUUCCUUUACUUUCUUUUACAGAGAGCUACAUAUACCAGUUAGAUGCUUCAAAUGAAGACAGUUUGCUAUUAGUUCCAGACAACAACUCUUCUUCAACAGUAUUGGAAAGGAAAAUACAAGGUUCUAGUCAGAUGUCCUUGUCUGACAUGCUUGACCCCCUUGAUAAUUUUCUUCAAUGCCAGGGGUUAAUGACAGAUCAAUUGCGAAAUGAACUCAAAUCUGGCAUCCAAUAUUGGUCUCUAGAGAGGAAGCUUUGUCAAGCAUUAUCAAGAAACGAUAAGAUAUCUAUCGAAGAUGUUAUGGAAGCAAUCCAUCUCAAAUCAUUUGACUAUCGAGUCCUUAAUCUGAUGAUGUAUCGGCUUACUGGUCAGCAGGUCAAUGACUUGCAUAUGGAGUUCUUGUCUGUCUCAGAAUUUUUAGUUGAGAUAUGUGAUGACCUGUAUGAUUAUGAGGAUGAUGUGGUUAACAAUACUUUUAACAUCCUCCGCAUGUUUGCUGUGAUAUAUGGACCUUUAGAUGCACCAAAGAUGCUGGCCAAGUGCAUCGGUGAAGCUGAGGAAAAAUAUGAGAGCUUCUCAAAGAAAUUGGACCCUAGCAUCUCAAGAAGUUACUGGAGAAGAUGUGAGGAGGCUACAAAGGAAGGUGGAAAAAUAUCAGGCCAUGCGUAUGGCACAUGGAAUAUCCCUCCUUUGAUAAGAGAUGAAGGAUCAUUUCGCCUUGAUAGAUUGAACAGAGGUGAUGCUUCUGCCAUGACCAUCAGAUGACAGAUACCAUGCUCUGAGCAUCUUAAAAAGGAGGCUUAGUUAUCAUUGCUAGUAAAUGCCUUGCAAGCAAAUUUCGCAAGAUUUUGCAUAAGCUCUUCUUAAUUUACUAGAGAUCUUGUGCUGUUGCAAGCAUGUUAUUUGGGAGGAUGCGAGCCAAUGCAACUAUAUUUUGUGCUUUGAUUGAAACUCAAGCUCAAUCAAGCCAAAACUGUACUAGUUGACCCAAAUUCCAUUAACCCACUCUUUUGCUGCAUAUUUGCAAGAGAUAAGGGCUAAAUCCUUUUAUGGCCGUGCAAAGUUGAAAAAACCACCCCGUGUGCCCGUGA